AUGGCUCCUGCUCUAGAUUCCGCACCGGAUGCCGCAAGCAACACAGCCGGCGAUGCCUCGUCCACGCCCAAAGCUAUCAAGUCCGAGAUCGACGCUGAGCCCGACAUCACACCCAUCCGCGCAAGCAUUGCAUCUCCCGAAGAAUCCAAGAGCAAGGUCCCCGCCUUCGACUCCGACAAACCCGACUCCGACAAACCCGACUCCGACAAACCCAAGUUUACUGCACAGCCUGCCUACGAACAGGAGGCAUUCACUUGGGUCUCGUUUGAUAUAGGCUGCGAGAAUGGGCUUUCAUUUGUAAAGGUCAAAGACUUCGAGGACAGCCUUCGUCAAACCUUCCCUGACGCACGCAUCAGCUGCCACAAGAGCGUGUCAAAGACGAUCCAGAAUGAGACCAAGAAAAGGCGUCUUGAUUAG